AGUUCUUCUACUUCUUUUCUUCCAUCCGGCCUCGACUCUGGAGCUACUAUUUCUUCGUUUUCGAGCCGAUCUAUUUUCUUCUCGCAAUGUCGAGCUCUCCCUCUUCUACACCAAGGAUCAAGAAGCCCUUGUUUCGCUUCUUUCUGCUCUUAUCAUUCUCCCUGCUGGUUACAAUCGCUCCCCUUGUUGCCGGCCAGACGCGACCCAGCUACCAUGUUACUCCUGCGACGAAAUGGAUGAAUGACCCCCAACGCCCCUUCUUUCGGGAAGGCGAAUGGCAUCUCUAUUACCUCUGGAAUUCUGACUGGAACAAAUCCGAUCCCGGCUCGGGCGGAACAGAAUGGUACCAUGUCACCAGUAGUGACCUGGUGCAAUGGACUGCUCGAGGUGUGGCAAUCCGGAAGUACCAACCUAACCCUCCCGGGGGUGCCAUCUUGGGUGACAUCGAGACCGGCAGCUCCGUGAUUGAUACAGCCAACUCCGCCGGCUUUGGACCCAACGCUGUCGUCACUGUCCUCACGCAGAUGCAAGACGGUGCCCUGGCAUCGGGGCCCAAGGCAGUUUGGGACGCUGUACGGACUGCAACAAAUCCAGCGGGUGGGAGCACAGUGAAACUGGCGAUAUAUGUAGACCAAAGCUCGGUCGAGGCGUUUGUGAACGAUGAAGGGGUCACGUCCUUGUCGGGACUGAUUUUCCCAAACCAAGGCGCAGAGGAAAUUGAAGUUGUGUCAGGUGGCGGAAAGUUGACUUUGACUUCAUUCAGCUAUGCUACUAGCUAGUACGCAAGCUAGAAGUAGUGUUGUGCAGGAAAAGCAUCAAAAAAUUGGUACAGCGGAAUGAUUGGAAAUGCCAAGCAUUGACGAUAACUUCAUCUUUCCUAUUUGGGCACUUGCACGCAAACCCCUUCCCA